AGAAUGCUUGGUAUGUGCGGACGACAACAACAUGAAAGGCGACGAGUGUUCAGCCCGAGUGAUUGUGCGCCUCCAAAUCAAACCCAAAAGCACUUUGCACCCGAUUAUAACGCGAGCCGCGGACUGCGGGCGUCUCCACGCGCCUUUGUCUCCAAAAACCCAGCGCCGAGGCGAGUUUGCGAGAGGCGGCCACGCAGUUUAUUUGAUGUCGAACACCCUGCAGAGGCGGAGAUGGUUUGGUCUGUAGUAGGUGGGACUGCCGAGCGGUCUGCAGCAGGACGUCGUAGAUCAAUGAACCGGACCGAAGGGUUGGUCCAUCGCCUGGCGUGCAUCUAACCGUUUAGAUGUGUCAGUAUACCGAUGCAGGACCGAGGCUCUUCUUUUUGUACUGUUAACCGGCCCGUUCACGGUGCGGAUGUUUUAAACCGACUGGCUAUUUCAUAGGCUCCGUACACACCGCCUGGAUUCCGUCUCUAGCGGCUCCUCGUUGCGAUUUUUCUUUUUUUGGGGAAAUUUAAAAAAAAAAAAAAAAAAAAGGAGAAGAAGAAGGAAAAAAAUACAUAUACACACAUCUAUAACCUCCAGGAUGAUCUUUGCAAACACUGGCAACCCGCUGAAGACAGCCACUCGUAAACAGUGGGUUUCCUGUGUGCAGUCCUACCCCAUGACUCCGUCCAGUCCCGGCAGCAGCAGCAACAGCAGCAGCACAGGCCUGGAGCAGCUCAGCAAAACCAACCUGUACAUCCGCGGCCUGCCUCCCGCUACAACAGACCUGGACCUGGUCAAACUCUGUCACCAGUAUGGCAAGAUUCAGUCAGCAAAGGCCAUCCUGGACAAGACAACCAACAAAUGUAAAGGUUACGGCUUUGUGGACUUUGACAGCCCGGCGGCUGCUUUGAAGGCGGUACAUGCUCUGAAAACCAGCGGCAUACAGGCCCAGAUGGCCAAGCAACAGGAGCAGGACCCCACAAAUCUGUACAUUUCCAACUUGCCCCUCUCUGUGGACGAGAAAGAGUUGGAGAACAUGCUGCAGCCCUUCGGCCAGGUCGUCUCCACGCGGAUCCUCCGGGACUACAGCGGCAACAGCCGGGGCGUGGGCUUCGCCAGGAUGGACACAACAGAGCAGUGUAAUGCCGUCAUCUCCCACUUCAAUGGGAAGUUCAUUAAGAUCGCUUCUGGAGCUCUGGCUCCCUCUCAGCCCUUGCUGUGUAAGUUUGCAGACAGUCAGAGGAAGAAACAUGCCCACAGCGGAUUUGUUCCCAAUGGACAGACAGGGGAUCUCAGACUAGGUGCAAUGACUCUUACCUAUGACCCCUCCUCAGCAGCGAUACAGAAUGGGUACUACCCUUCUCCGUACCCAGUGGGCAACAGGAUAAUGACUGUGCAGCCUGCAAUGUCUCCUUACAUGUCUCCAGUCUCUGCUUACCAGGUACAGAGUCAUUCUUGGGUGGCACAUCAACCAUAUAUCAUGCAACACCCGGGUGCUGUGAUGUCUCCCUCUGUGGAUCCCUCCAUGUCACUGCACCCUUCAGCCAUGAUUACUCAGCAGAUGGGCCAGCUGUCACUGGGAAACACUGGAGCGUAUAUUUCAGCCAACCCUGGUGUCCAGGGAGCGUACAUGCCUCAGUAUCCUCCCAUGCAGGCGGCACCUGAAAACGGCACACCGCAACAAGUGGAUUCUUCCAAUAACUCGUCUCCUUACAGUCAACACAGCAAGUAAUCACAGGCUGUAGAUUCCCGCUCUGUGAGCCAGAGGGCAGGUGGGAGGUUGCCGAUGACAUCACAGUGGUAACAGCCACCGCCUUCUCUGAUUGGACCAGAUACAUGAACUUUUUUGCACAGCCCCGACGUUUGUGGUGAAAAAAAUGAGGACAGUGUAAAUGGACUCAAGCAGUUGGCUAAUCACAGGGAGACACAACAAAAAAAAAAGAUUUAUUUUGAUAAGAAACAACAUGCUCUUCUUUUUCUCUUUUUUCAAGGAUUCUCAAACAAAUGCCAGAGGACCCCCCCCCCCCCCAUUCCCCCCUUAACCCUCCCCACUCCUCCCCCAGUAUGAUGUGAUACUAUAAUGCAUGAGAUUGAGAUAGUUUACCCCCCUCCAAGGUGUCUAUGAUUUUAUAGUUCCUUUUAUUUGUGAUAUAUGAAGAAGAAAAAAACUUGCACUGAAGUUUAAAGUUUCAGAAUAUCUUCAUUUUGGUUUUCAACAUUGCCACAGAAACCGCUUACAACAUCCAUUCAUGUUCAACAGCACUAGACAGCUGAUACAGAGGACCAUUUCAUUAGGGAAUUAAUUAAUCUAAUAUUGGAAAAGGUGCCUUCCUUACGUCACAUCCAACAUUGUUUUCAUCAAACUUGAUCAGGUGUCAUAUUUGUAUCUGAUUGAUCAGACGUGUGUGUGAAAUGCUUCGCUAUCUAGUCUUCUGGUAGCAAUAAAGACAAUGAGAGUCCCACGGCAAUACUGAUAGAAAAAAAAAGAGCGGUGACCGUCUCAGAGCAAGGUAACCCCUUAUUUCCCCUCGUUCCUUUUUUAGAAAACAAAAACCCGUCGUGACGUGAAACAAAGAGCCGUACUUUUAUGAAAUUACAAGUUUUACACCCAAUGGACAUCUUUUAAGGAGGGUUAUUUUUUCUCUUGUGGUCAGUUUGACCGGUGAUCUACCUCAUGGUUCUGCUGGAAUCUGCUGGUGUUGUGGGGUUUGCAGGUAAAGCCCCCCCUUGUUCACCAGAGCGGACGAAGCAGAGCAAAAGCCACGCUCAGGAGCUGGCGAUAUAGGACUUCUGCCCGUUUGUCUCCCACAUGCAGCGUUUCUCUUCCUGAUCUGCAAAGAAACAUUGUGCUUUGCUUCAUCUUUAUUUGUCAUUGCUUCUGUUCUGGCGUUCCUUCUUUUCUUCUCGACACGAUGAGCGUUGUUCUCCUUGAAAUAGCUGGUUUUACGAUGUGUUUGGAGUAAAUGAAUGCAGGCCACGUGCAUUUAGUUUGCACCUUCUUCUGCCUUUGCCAUUCUUGACAGAUCUUAGCUGACUCACCACGUUCCCGUACAUUUUUUUUAUUGUUUUGCCUUGAAAAAAAAAAGACUUAAAGCCACUAUCUUUGGUUAAACUGCUACUGUAAAGCUCUCCAAAAACAACGCUAGGAUUUAGCCAAGUUUUGGUCAUUUGGUUAUUACAGCAGCUUAAUAGUUAUGCCAUACAAUUUGCAUUUCAAAUAAAAACAAUUGUGUAUGAAGUGCUUAAAAAACAGCAGUAUUUCAUAAUAGGAUGGAAGUUAAAAUCCCGUGAUUGAAGGCAUGUGUUUCAAAGGCUCGCUUGUCCCGAAAAAGAUUUGUAAAUUAUAUGAAUUCAGGGCCAAACGUGAAAAAUAAGUGAGUUUUAUCGUUUGCUUUGCUUUUAUUUUCUUUAAAUUGGUGAUUUCUGAUGUAAGAAACUCUAUACACUACUAUGAGACAAGAAGAAAAGGUCAAAGCUGCAUGGUCGCAGAGCUUUUCCCCGAUCAAUAGUACUGUCGCAGUAACCGCUCACCUUCGGAAACAUACAAGCGGUAACCUGUUUUUGCCGAGUGUGCUUUCCCUUUCUGAACAUUUGUUGCUGGAAAAAAUGUAAAAAGAAAAAAAAUCUUGUACAUGUUAUCCUCAUUGCUUCUCCCUUUACCUUCAGCUGAUUUUCAAACAACCUUCUCCUUGCUCUCUCCUUUGAAAACAUUGGAAUAAGAACAAUGCUGAAUAAAAAGGCUCUUCUCUUUCUCA